CCCCGUCACGGCCCGGUCCCAGGGCGAGCGCAGCGAUGGGCUUGAGUCAGAGUCGGCCUCUGGAGAAUUGCGAAAUUGAGGCACUCAGGAACGGCUGUUGAUGGAAGAGUCCAGCGGAGAGUGCCGGGCCAGCGGGGCAGCGUGGGCCGUGGCCAGGGCAGCGUGAGCCGUGGCCAGGGCACUGUGAGCCGUGGCCAGGGCACUGUGAGCCGUGGCCAGGGCACUGUGAGCCGUGGCCAGGGCACUGUGAGCCGUGGCCAGGGCACUGUGGGCCGUGGCCAGGGCACUGUGAGCCGUGGCCAUGGCAGGGUUCCUGGACAAUUUCCGCUGGCCAGAGUGCGAGUGCAUCGACUGGAGCGAGCGCCGCAACGCCAUCGCCUCCAUCGUGGCCGGGGUGCUGUUUUUCACAGGCUGGUGGAUCAUGAUCGACGCUGCCGUGGUUUAUCCCAAGCCGGAGCAGCUGAACCACGCCUUCCACACCUGCGGGGUCUUCUCCACGCUGGCCUUCUUCAUGAUAAAUGCUGUAUCAAAUGCACAGGUGAGAGGAGACAGCUACAGUGAUGGAUGCUUAGGAAGAACAGGGGCUCGGAUCUGGCUCUUCAUCGGCUUCAUGCUGAUGUUUGGAUCACUCAUUGCUUCCAUGUGGAUUCUCUUUGGAGCAUAUGUUACACAGAACACUAAUGUGUACCCUGGAUUAGCAGUGUUUUUCCAGAAUGCAUUAAUAUUUUUCAGCACCCUGAUCUACAAGUUUGGGAGAACAGAAGAGCUGUGGGGCUGAGCUCCCUGCUGGCUCGGUCCAUAGUUGCCAUGUGGUUCUUGUCUGUAGAUAAUUCCCAGUCCUUUGUCCUUGGUUUGCUUCCCAAACUGGUGGAAGUGAGACAAUUGCAGGCUCUGUCCGAAGCUCCUCCGUGGCCAGGACACGCUUGUGGAUAAGUGCAUAGGACAGCACCCAUCAUUUCAAAGGGAAUGGCAGGCUGCCAGGCUUUCCUGCUGCAAGCUCCAGGCUUUCUCCUCCACAUCCCUGCCUUGCCCAUCAGCUUCCUCCUCUUCCAAAGCUCCACCCGUGUCCGGGGCUUCAGGGAACACUUAGUGAGCAAACAGGACAGAGCCCAUCCCAGAGCAGGGGCCCUGCUGGGAUAAGAGCUGAUUUUAAACAUUUUAUAUUAUUGUUCAGGUAAAUAUAAAAUAGAUUUUUUUUUUCUUCUUUUGGUAAAAGGUUAUGGGUUUUUAAGCAAGUCCCUACACUCAGCAGGUUGUGCAUGGCAAAGCAAAGUGUUCCUGACUCGUGAUGGCUCUGGCACAAAGGACAUUUGCUGGCACCACAGUCCUUGGAAUUAAUUUCAUGCUGCUCAGUGUAAGAGAUACCAGUUGGUAUUUAAUGUAUUUCCUGAUAUUAGAAUAAAAAAACUCCAACAAACUGA